AUGUCGUUUCGCGGCGACGAUUCGCGCCGCUACGGCCAUGUGCCGCCUGCUCAAUAUCCCGUCGGCGGCACCGCGCAGGACAACAACAAUAACAAUCCGCCAUAUCCUCCCCAGCGACGCUUGAGCUUCAACACGGGCGACGAUGCCGGCAUGUUCGACCCGAGCGCUUCCCGCCAGCAGCCCGCCAUUUACACUGGGGCGCCUGUGGGCAGUAGGGGUGAGGAGGAGCUGUUUAUCACCAGUCCCACGUCACAGGAUGCGCCGGCUGCCCAAAAUCGCCUCAGCUACAACCCUCAGCAUAUCGCCAUGGCUGGAUAUCAACACCAGUAUCAGGCUCAGACAAACGCGCCGCCGCCCGCACCGACACACUCGACGUACAACCCCCAGGCCUUUGCUCGCACUCAAUCAACCUCCCUCCCGUAUCACCCUGGCCCGCCCUCGAGAUACGGCGCUCCGACGAGUCCGACCUACGCGCCCACUCCUACAACCUAUACCCCGCCAGCUUAUAACCCAGCGGCGUACGCCAACACCAACACGCCUCAGAGGCAUUCUUCCGUCGCUUCAGUGGCUUCCUCGGGAUACAAUGGGUACACAUAUGGCUAUACCUCUCCCAGCAUCUCGCAGUCGGGAUUUGGCCAAUCUCCCCAGACGGCUACAGCUCCAUCCAUGCCCAGCUAUGAGCCCGCCCGUAGUCCACAGUAUCCUCCGUCUUCUGCCACCGCGACAUCGCCGCAAUAUGACCAGUCCUAUUCCCCGGCGAAUGCAUACAACCAGCAGCAAUACUACGGGUCCUAUUCCUUGAAUGGCGUGAACAAUUCCCAAAGUAUGGCGUACAAUACCAUAACGUCUCAGGCGCCCUAUCCCUCCCAUGCUCAGAUGCCUGGCGGACCUAGUUACGGUUCUGCAGAUCACAGCGCCUUUGCCGGUCGGAAUUCUAGAUCGGAUUUCCAGGUCUCUGCGCCGUCUCCUCCUGCACAUUCGCAAGCACAUGGCGGUCUUACAAGGCAUCCAACAAAUGCUCCGCUCCCUAGCCGCCCCAUGGAUGAUUUGCCGGAGGACCAAAGCUGGGGACCUAAUGGGCAAAAUGAUGAGCUGCAAGCCCAAGACGCCUUGUUCAGUGAUAUUAUCUCGGAAGUGGGACCACGACAGUACCAUGGUGUUAAUGGCAGCAUGUCGGAGGACGACCAGGGACUGCACCGCUACAGUUCGACUGCUUCGACGAAUGUGGGAUCCGCUGCAGCGGUAGAUCGCUAUCCUUCUAAUGCAUCGACAGUGAACAGAAACGAUAUCCCCAAUACUUAUCCCAAUACUUAUAACUACGAUGACGACGAGAGCGACCCCGAGGGUGCUGCUGGCCUCUUGGCCAUGCAGGAAGACAUGGACGACCGGCGCUUUGGCUUUGGUGGAAUAUCGUUCCCAUCUUAUAUGGAACCUCCGGCAGCGCAGCAGCAGACCCCGCCGUCACACCCGAUACAGCCGCCGGGACACCAACGGGAGUUACCACCGCCGCCCGAGGAACAAGGCACGGAUAGCGAUUUUGGGGGAAUGGACCUCGGCUUGUAUGGGGGUGGCUAUGCUGGAAACCUUCACUACGAGAAUGGAUUUGGCUCCCCACCCGCAACCUCCACCCAGUUUGAUAAAGGGCCCAGGCCAUUGCCGUAUCCGCAAAACACGGGAAGCGAGUAUGCUCCCUUCUCCCAAGCCGCCGUCGACUAUGGCGGAACUGGUGGUCUUCAGGCCCCGCAGACUCACCGGUUGAGCUUCGAUGAGGAAGACGAACAUGUCUCGAUCCACUCCAGGCAGAGCGGAAGUGAUUCGCCUACCAAGGAAGAUUACCCCGACAUGUUCUACCAUCCAGGGAUAUCCAACCGGCCUCUUCCAGCUGUCCCUCCUCUUGGCGAAGGCCGUCCAGCCCUGUCGGUACUGCCCCCUAGUAAGGUCGCUUCUCAACAGGGGUACAAUAUGGAUGUGAAUCAACGGCUCGUGUAUGAUCAACAAGGCCAAGCUGCAGUGGAGAGAUCGAUAUCGCUUUCCGGUCACAGCAAUACUCCUCCUGUCCAGACACCGGCACGAUCCAGAACCGAUGCCGCUGAGGAGCGGAGGAGAGCAUUAAAACAUCAUGCCCAUCAGCAUCAUUCUCAUAUGGGCCAUCAAGGCGCGCCUCAAGAUGGCUACGACUCGGGAACACCAUCGUCGCUUGCUGCCUAUGAUAUGAUCACAUUGCCUGGCAGGAAGAGGAAGUUCAUCCCAUCAAAACUUACGGCCACGGAAAUUAAGCGUUGUGCCGAGCCGUGGGCGCUUAGCAGUGUCACUGCUUGGAUUCGUGAGAUGGCAGACGGUGAAGUGGACCUUAAGAGAAAAUCCAUUGAGGAAGGAAUUGUGAAGCUUUUCUGUCACAAGGUUCCUACCAUGAACGUUGCUGACGCGGAAGGCUUAAGUACCACAGUCGUGGACUCCAUGUUCGUGUCCGGUCUCUUGAUUGAAGAUGAGGAAUGGGUCAGGUUUGGACCCGGCCAGAUGACAGGUGUCUUGUGGCAACUGACUGGCCAUGGUUGCUACGCGCCCAAGUUGCAUGAGGCCGAAGAGUCCGCCCCCAAACUCAAUGACAACGGCAUUCCAGUAAGGUGCUACUCGCAUCACUGCGGUAGAACCCUAAAGAAGGCCAAUCUGGAUCACCUGCUUUCUGACGAUCCAGUGGUUCAAGACUGGGCGACCUUCCAUGGACUCAAGGCGUCAGAUAUGGAGAACAAGAGCAAAAAGGAGAUUGAGAGACAAAACGUUCUGCACGAAAUUGUCACCAGUGAAGAGGAGUACAUGGCCCAGCUCGAUGUUGUUCGACUCCUCUACAGAGAUCAACUCCGCGUACACCAGCCGCCUGUUCUGCCCAGCAGCAGAAAGGACAAGUUCCUGGAAGCAGUCUUUGGUAAGAUUGAUACGGUGCAGCAGAUCAACAAGGAUUAUUUGCUUGCUCAGCUCAAGUACCGCCAACAGGAACAAGCACCCUUCAUUACUGGGUUCAGUGACUUGUUCAGAGAGUGGAUUCGCAAGGCCAGGCCAAUCUACAUCGAAUACUGCUCCUCUUACCCGAACUCCGAGUACCUCAUCCGAAGGGAGAGUAAUAGGAAUAGACUCUUCUCCGAGUUUCUGGCAUUCGCGCAAAACCAUCCGCGGUCCAAGCGUUUGGGAUGGACCACGUUUGUGAAGGCGCCCAUUACACGUCUGCAGAGAUAUUCUUUGCUGCUUAGCACAGUCUUGAAAAACACGAUCGAAGAUAGCGAUGAGAAGCAGAAUCUCAUCAAGGCCAUCAACGAGAUCAAGGCCGUCACCAAGGAGUGUGAUGAAAGGGUUGCUGAGAUGAGCAAGAAGGUGGCGCUGCUUGAGCUGCAACACCAGCUGGUUCUUCGUCCUGGUUUCCAAUCAGUCCUCAACCUUGAUCACCUUGGAAGAGAACUUCUCAAGCAAGGCGAGCUUCAGCGGCAGGGUUCGAAGGGAGUACGCUGGGUUGAAACGCAGGCCCUGCUGUUUGACCAUUACUUCAUCUUGGCCAAGGCGGUCUCAACCAAGGACGGAAGGAGUGACAAGAAAUAUGACGUGUCGAAAGAGCCUAUACCCAUGCCACUCCUCUUCCUUGAGAGCAUGAACGAUGAACCUGUAACAAAACAAAAGGGUCUCGCAGCACCUUUAACCCGUGCAACGGCUGCCAGUGGAUCCGGAACACAGCUCAACAAGGUUGCCUCUAAUGGAGGUGACAGGCCCGGCUUGGAACACACGGCAACAAGUUCGUCUAUGGGCUCCCUCAACCCCGUUACUCGUCUAACAAGUUCAGGUGUCGAUGACGGAAAGAUCAUCUAUCCCUUCAGGAUAAAACAUCUCGGUCAUGAGAUUUACACGCUCUACGCCUCCUCUGCUCAGGAUCGUGCAGAUUGGUGUAAUGCGAUCGUGGACGCGAAGACAAGACACGCCAAAGCGCUACAUGCUCAGAACGCCGAGCCUUUCCGCUUGCGGGUUCUUUCUGACGGUGCUUUUGCGUACGAUUCUUAUUCGACCUUUGGCAGGCAGCCAGGCGUGCCAAUCAAGGAGACACCCUUGGACAGGGCGAUCCGAGAAAUGGAGAAGGAAUACGGUGAAGGCCGCGGUCCUCCACCGGUAUGCAGAGCUCAGGUAAACUGUGCUACCGCGUUCAAGUCGUUCGGCAAGUCCAUCAUCGCCAUCGGUACGGAUUACGGCGUCUACAUCUCGGAGGCGUCCAAACCCCGAGGCUGGUCACGCUCCGUCCAGAUCAACAAGGUCACCCAGAUCGCCGUCCUCGAGGACUUCUCCGUCUGUCUCCUCAUUGCAGACAGAUCACUCAUAUCUUACCCUCUCGACGUGAUCGCACCCGUCUCCAAUUUUCCGGCCCCAACCCACGACAACUCCCGACGAGCGCCUCAGCGCCUCGCCAAAGACGUCACCUUCUUUGCCACCGCUCGCAUGAAGGAUCGCACCCUCCUCUUCUACAAACGCAAGGAAGGCAUGCACAACACCUUCAAGGUUCUCGAGCCCGUCUUCCAAAAGGCCACAGAGAAGAAGUCCCGCAUCUUCGGCAGCCGCAAGGUCUCCUCGGGAGCAACCGAGUCCUUCCGCGACUACGACGAGUUCUACCUCCCUGCCGAGUGCUACUCGCUCAACCUGUUCCAGACGUACAUCGCCGUCGCUUCGGCAAAGGGUUUUGAGCUCCUCACGCUCGACAAAAAGGUGACCCAGUCCAUCCCGCGCGACCUCAACCUGCCCGCCAUCGCCAACAUCGCCUCGCGCAUCAAAGACCAACGGCCCCUGGGCAUGUUCAAGCUCAACGACCAGGAAUUCCUCCUCACCUACGAGGACUGCGCCGUCUACGUCGACAAGCACGGCGAGAUCUCCCGCACGCUGAUCAUGGAGUACUCGGGCAAGCAAAAGAAGGCGAAAGCGGCAACCAUGUUCGGCCAGUACCUGUUGCUCUUCAACGAAGAUUAUGUCGAAGUCCGCAAUGCCGAGAACGGUCGCCUGCGCCAGAUCAUUGCCGGGAGGGAUGUGAGGUGUUUAGACUAUGGGUUUAGAGGCCCCACGGGAAGCGGCCAGCAACAUGCGCAGCCGCAUACCUUGCUGCAGACGGGCGUAUUGCAGGAUAGUAAGGGCACGGUCAAGAUUUGCAUGAGUCAUCCGGAGGUUCCCGGGGGACAAAUUGUGUUGGAGAUGUUGCUUAAUGAUGGGCAUGCGGAGAAGGCUUAG